AUGUCUGAGCUAUCUGUUGAAGGCCAAGAGUCGAAGGCAGUCCCCUGCUACCACGACCACCCUCCGCAAUACGACUCAUACUAUGGAAGCCAAGACUUACUCACCUCUAUCAUUGAGAACGAGCAUACUGUCCGGAAAUUAGCCAAACGGAUGGAUGAGUUGAACACAAAGAUAACGGAGAUAGCCAACAUAAGAGAGGAGCUGGAGAAGAAAACAUUCCUGGAAACUCCAGCUUCGAAUCUUACCACUGCUGAAGAUUUUGAGGAGUUAAGCGGGGCAUUCACAGAGAUAGCACAGAUAAUGACCGGGCUGUCAAAUGCUUGCAAAGAGCGCGCCGUUCACAACACCGAUCUCUAUAAGGCCAUCGGAAAUCUCACCGAUAACGAGCUCGAGCGGACUUAUGAUUCUUUAAAGCGAGACCCAGACCGGCAGAUCCAACAUGAGCUGGCUCAGGACCACAAAGACCGCAGCGACAGAGAUUCAGGACACAAUUUACAAUGCUCUUCGACGACCAAUCAAGUAGAGCGAGCUGGCAAUUGCACAUACAACUCUUGCAGCCGGUUCGCCGAGCCCUUAGCAACGAUGGACAAGAUCAAUGAGAAACUUCCAUCCGAUACGGCCAAUAUCUCGAAAAUGGCCGAUGAUACUACCGCAAAGUCACCCGUGAGUUUUUGGAAGAAAUUUUUCAGACGUUCAGCUCGGCCUUAA